GAAGUACACUGGAAACUAAUGUGGCUCACAAAAUACUACCUUCAUCUUAGAUCAAAGAAGAAAAUCCGGAUCAUAUCAUUGUAAGUAAUAUAUCGUGUCUGUCUGUCAAAGGUUAUGGAUAGAUGGUAACAGCCAGAUUUAAAUGAUUUUUGGUUUUUUGGUUCAGAAAAAGUCUAUCUUUCGAAAAUGACGAUUUUUACAAUGUUUGAUAAAAAACUUGCCGGGUUGAAAUAUUCGAAUCUAUGGAAGGUUUGCUAAAGGAAACAAACACACAAAUUAUGAGGAAACAGCUAUAGAUUCGGGUUCCUGUACUCCACAACCUUUGAUAAAUCUUUGUUAAAUUCCGUUAUUUUCGAAAAAUAGAGUAUCCCUGAUGGAAGAAGAAACUCAAAACAUUUUCAUUGCUCGUUAUUUGGUAACGUAAUAGCAAAUGACUACCCUAAUCUUGAUGUAUCCUAUGGAUCCUGAUGGAUCCUGACAGUUUCUGGUGGUUGUGACAGUUCCUAGUGGAUCCUAGAAACCAUCAGGAACCGCUUUUCUUCCCUUGGGUUUAUGAGCUUUAGAUAGUUACUGCAAUUUCUAGAGGACGUUAGCUUUUGACAAUUGAAAAGUUUUUCAUUGUACAUAGUUACUGCAAUUUACAAAGGACUCUACUUGUUGAUGAGAUGUGGGCACCGUUUAAGGGAAUCCAACAAAAAGCUUUGGACUUCAAUACAUUUGCUGUCGUUGGUAGAGGAGUGAAGCUGUUUCUGACUGGAGACUUUUGUGGUAAAGAAGUUCAAUGAAUUUUUUUUUUGAUGACAUCAUGUUUACUUCGAUACAGAGUUUAUUGUUGUGAAAAAUUUGCUUGAAUAUAGAAAGGUUGUCAUCUUUCAAGGAAACAUGUUUAUCAUUUAAGUAUAUUUCAGCGGAUUUCUAGAAGUGUGUAGAAGAUAUGUUUACUAAUAUUGUGGUUUUUCCAUAAAUAAUAAAUAUGUAUUCUUACAGGAGAUGAAGUCGCAUGUAUACAAUUCGUACUGUUCAAUAUAAUAAAUGCUUUAAUAAAAGCUUAUUAGCAUCAAUUCGGCAUAAUAUUAAUUUCGUUAAAAAUGAGUACCUUUGUCUGGCAGAUAUUAAUUAUGAUUUUUUUAGUUCUAAAUAUGAUUGACCAACAAGUGAAAAUAGAUAUUGACUACUUUGGUUUUCGUUGUGUUAGUCAUAUCAGAGUUGGAACCGGACGGAUUUUUUCCAUCCGAUCCGGUCCGGCCAACUUCAAAAUUUGUCCGGUCCGGCCCGGUUGAAAUCAGGCCGGUUCAUUUUUGACGUCAAACUGGCAAAAAUCCGGCAAAAAUUCGUCAAAAAUCCGACUGGUUUAUUAAUUACGAUCAAAAGCGACUACUACUAAAUACAAUCGAAGCUAUGCAUGUACAUGAAUUUGUACAAAUAUUUUCGACAUAUGUUCUCUUUUUCACGUGGAAUUUCUAAUAAUCGCUGACAUAAUAUUUCAACGCAAAAAAAGCGAAUAAAAGUUGUUGUCGUCGGAGAAAACUUUGAAAUACAAGGAUUAAUUUCAAUAUUAUGAACUGGCAAAAAUCUGGUUUCGUCCGGGCCGGUUUAAUUUUUCAUCCGGUCUUGUCCGGUCCGGCCGAACCGGAGCCGGACUGCCGGACCGGUUCCAACUCUGAGUCAUAUUAGUGUGAAAUAAGAUAUUUUUUAUAAAACAAUGUGAAGCAAAGUUAAAACAAGUAGUGUCUAGCUUAUUUAUCUAUUUCUACUUUGUGGUCAAUUUUUACUCAUAAUGUACGAGCAAAGGGUGUUAAAUGGGGGUGGGUUUAUAUGAGAAGAAUUCGAAUGAAAGCGGAAAUUCAUAUUUAGUAAUGUUUUUCUUUUAUAUUCGUAUUGAUGAAUUAAUACUGAUAAAAUACAAGCACAGGUUCUCGAUUUCGAUUUAGAUAAAUAAAAAUUCAACCAAUGCGAAUAUGUAUUGUUUGGCUUGUUUUUUUUCUUAUUAAUGAGUUAAUACUGAUAAUGUACGGGUAGACCAUAAAGUUGAACUUAUACAGGAGAAAUUAAAAUAAAAGUGAAAAUAAGUACUAAGUAGCUAUUUUCUUUUUCUUUUCUUAUUGGUGGAUUUCAGUCAUAAUAUAUGAUCAAAGAUUGUCAGUAGGGGUUUAUAUGAGAAUAUGAAUCACAGCAAAAAUGGAUAUUUACUACCUUAUUUCUUUUGGUCAAGUUGAUGACUAAAUAGUUCUAAUGCAACAGCAAAAAUCGUCAUUGUUUAGUUAUAUGAGAUAAUCUUGAAUCAAAAUAGAACUAGAUAUUCACAAGCUGAUUUCUUUUUUUCUUCUGUUACUGAUGAAUUAGGUCUGAUAAUUGACGACCAAUAUUCGUUAAUUCGGACUUGUAUUCGUAUAAUCUGAAUAUAAAACAAAGUAGAUUCUAACGAUUUUGGUUUUUUUAUUUUGUUAUCGAUAUCAGCUUGAGCGAAAGUACGAUUAAUUUUAAUCAGUCGACGAUAAAUGUUAACUAACUUAUUUUUGUCUGCCUUCAUUGAUGAGAUAAUGUUUUACUGUGGGAGCAGAAGUCCUGAUAAAAAGAUUUAUAUGACAACAAUGCUAGUUGAAUUGAUGAUAGACAUAGAGUAGAGAGAUGCGGGUCCAUGUUUUUUUGGACCCUGGCUCAGACCCGGACCCCGGAAAAGCUAAAUAUUCAGACCCGGACCCGACUCGGACUCGCUCUUUUUCUCACCAAUAUCUGGCACCCUCUGUGUACAUGAACAGAUAAAGGUAUACGGUUUUAGCUCUUCAUUGGCCACUUUAAAAAUAUAGUGAAUGUACAGUUAUUUCUUGUUGUUCAUUUUUUCACUACUAAACGGUCACUAAAUUGAAGCUUUUCCAUUAUUGAAAAGCAAACCACGUUAACGAAAAAAAAUUGAGCAAUUAAUUGAUAAAAGAAAUUCGUCGUUGAGAAUUGUCAAACCAACAGUAACACAAAAAUCUUCGGCUGUAUGGGAUAGUUUUAGUCGUAUUUAUGUUAACGAUAUCAAACUGGAACAUGUUAUCUGCCAUCAAUGUGAAGAUUUACUUAUUUAUAAACCAUCUUCUGGUAGUAAUUCUUUAUCUAAACAUAUUAGUAGCUGUCAAAAGAGCAAAACUACAGUUUCUCAUAAUCAGACAAAUAUCAAUCAAUUUUAUGCAUCUUCAAAAAAUGAACCUGCUAUUCCAGAUCAAAUAAAGCAGGAAAUCAAAGGUGCUUGUGUUGAAUUUGCAGCACUUGAUUCUAGAUCAUUUAAAACAAUUCAGGGAAUAGGCUUCAAAAACCUUGCACAAAAAAGUUUUAAUGCAGACAAAUACUCACCUAUAUCUAAAGAAUUUAAUGUUGAAAAACCACUUCCACAUCCAAUAAUACAUUUUAGAUUAUUACUUAUGUUUUAUCUUUUUCGUCGACAUAAAUUUCAUUCAAUGUUGGUACAUAAAUUAUAUAACGAAAUAUGA